UUGAACUUAUUUUAAAAAGGGAAGGGGAGCAGGAAAGAAAAGCUAAACCUGCAGCAAAGUGUUCUGUGCCGAGAAUGCUGUUAGGAAGUGUGCUUGCUUCUGAACUCUGAGUGGGUUCUGUUCUGUACCCUUCACCUCCCACUGGGUGGAGUAGGGCCUUUAAGAGCAGCUGGAAUGCAGUUCCCCUGAUCAGCUUAGCCAGUUGUUGCCUGACUGAACCCCUGCCAGAGCUGGAAAGCGGUGCUCUGACCUCAAAACAAGAGGCCCCAUUUCGCACCCCUUUUCACUGCCUUCUCACCUAAGCAAGAAGCUUCCAGCAGGGAAGAACGUUCCCACCUGCCCAGCCAUGGGAGAGGACGCAGCACAAGCGGAAAAGUUCCAGCACUCGGAUUCUGACAUGAGGCAGGAAAAGGCAUCGAGCCCCAGCCCAAUUCCCUCCUCCACACCGAGCCCCAGCUUGAACCUCGGAAGCACAGAGGAGGCCAUCCGGGACAACUCGCAGGUGAAUGCCGUCACCGUGCGCACACUCCUUGACAAGCUGGUGAGCAUGCUGGACGCUGUGCAGGAGAACCAGCACAAGAUGGAGCAAAGGCAGAUCAGCCUGGAGGGCUCGGUGAAGGGCAUCCAGAACGACCUCACCAAGCUAUCCAAGUAUCAGGCCUCCACCAGUAACACUGUGAGUAAGCUGCUGGAGAAAUCCCGCAAGGUCAGCGCCCACACGCGCGCGGUCAAGGAGCGCAUGGAGAGGCAGUGUGCACAGGUGAAACGGCUGGAGAACAACCACGCCCAGCUGCUCAGAAGAAAUCAUUUCAAAGUGCUCAUCUUCCAGGAAGAAAAUGAGAUCCCUGCCAGUGUGUUUGUGAAAGAGCCAGUUUCCAGCCCAGCGGAAGGGAAGGAGGAGCUUGCGGAUGAAAACAAGUCCCUGGAGGAAACCUUGCAAACAGUGGACCUCUCAUCGGAUGAUGAAUUGCCCCACGAUGAGGAGGCCCUGGAAGACAGUGGAGAAGAAAAGAUGGAAGAAAGUAGGGCAGAGAAAAUAAAAAGAUCCAGCCUCAGGAAAGUGGAUAGCCUCAAAAAAGCAUUCUCUCGCCAGAACAUUGAGAAAAAGAUGAACAAGCUGGGGACAAAGAUUGUAUCUGUAGAGAGGAGAGAGAAGAUUAAGAAAUCACUCACAUCAAAUCACCAGAAAAUGUCCUCAGGGAAAAGCUCCCCCUUCAAGGUUUCUCCCCUCUCUUUCGGUCGAAAGAAAGUUCGAGAUGGAGAAAGCCCUGCAGAAAAUGAGACCAAGUCUGAUGACAUGCCUUUCAGUGAGCAGAUGUCAAAUGACCAGGAGGAGAGCUCGUUUGCAGAAGGUCUUUCUGAAGCAUCCCUCACCAGUGCCCAGGUAGAAGGGAAAAGCACAGAGAGGGAUGCUGAGAAGCUGGCCUUGAGAGGGAGUAACUCGGGAAUGCACAGCAACAUCGACUUGACUAUCGUGGAAGACGAGGAAGAGGAGCCAGUGGCCCUGGAACAGGCACAGAAGGUGCACUAUGAGGGUGGCUGCAUGCUGACCUCCCAGGAGACAGAGCAGUCGGGUGAGGAACCCAUGCAGCCUGCUGUGCUCCAGGUGGACCAGACAGCCUGAGCGCAUAGCCCACGGUGCCUAGCCUGUGCUUUAGUUAAGUGGGCCACUAGAGCCUAUAAACAAACUCCUACACAUCUCCAGCACCACCCACUCACUACUGUGUGACUUUCCAGGCAAUAGUCAUUUAACCACAUAGUGGUAGCAUACCCGAGACCAAGAUCUCCUAUGAUAGCAACCUGUCAGGGCACCACUCGUCAUUCGCUCUUAGAUUCUGUUUCUGUAGAAUUUCUCCAAGAUUGCCAGGAAGAAAUGGAGCAGUUGAAAAACACUGAUCCAUUCGGUUUCAUCAGACAAAAACAGUGGCUACUUAGUCAUGAGACAUGAUUCAUUUAUUUUGUCAUCCUGUAAGCUUGCUGAAUAGUGUGCUAGGAAUAUAUUGAAUUUCUUAAGUAUUCUGUGAAUCUGAUUAUUAAGUGUGACAUAUAAUAUACACAAAUAUGUAUGUGAAAGACAUAACUAUAUUUGAAGAAGAAGACAUUGUUAAAAGGGAGAUGAGCAUGUUCAGUUGGUUAUUCACUUAGUAGAAACCAAUUUUUAAAUUUUAAAUGAAGGAAAAAUUGAAAGACUGUAAGUGUCAACUAAUGAGGUAAGAUAUAUAAUGAAGUCAGGACUAUUAGAAAGCUAAGGAGGAAAAGUUAGAAAUAGAAGAAAUAAGAAAUAAAGAAUGAUAAUAAAGACAAAGACAAAAAUAGUAUAUGCUUCACAGUGAAAUAUUUAUAAUGUUAGCUUAACUAUUUUCACUCUUUAAAUAACAAUACUAAAGAAAUUCAUAUACUUGGAUUAUAUCUUCACAGUAUUUUUAUUUUCUAAUGUUUAAAAGUAAUACACAUUUUAAAGUUGCAUCUUUUAAUAAAAGAUAUUACAACUAUUUCUCUAAGAAAGCUCAAAAUGAUGCUGUCUUUUUAACAUUAGAAUGAAUAUCACUUUUCAGAGAAUAAUUGAUAUACAGGGCCUUUGUAAGGAGGUUGGAUCAUACUAUUCUUUAAUGUAAUGUUUUCCAGGUUUGAAAUAACCCUUACAUACUCCACAUGUUAAAAUCUACAAGUUUGGAAAGGGAAGGAUUCUACUUUUCCAUUUUGUACAUAUUAGAAAUUCCAUCCUAGGUCAUAUUUACAUAUUAAUUUCACAUUAUAUUAAUAUGUGUCUUAACUUUCUAAAGCAUGAUAGUGUUUUAUGUGUAUAUACACAUUUAUUCAGAUAGGGUAACUCUUACUGCUGCCUAACAUUACACUAAAAUAUUACUUUGUCUUUUUUUAAUUUAAAAAGGCUGAUAUUUUGUUAAAACAUAGUUUAAAGACAGUUGAUACAGGGAGCAAAUUCCCUACCUUUAGUGUGUACUGCCUCAAAUACCCUUAUAAGGAGAGGUAAUUCAAGACAGUAUUAACAAACUAUGCUUUGUCAUGAGUAAAUGGGAUAGGAUUCACAAAUGUAUUGAUGGCAUAACCUAUUCAGCUAUGUCCUUAUUUUUGCAAUAAUGUAACCCCAAAUGUUGGCUUGUUGAACUAACAAUGACUGUGUUUAAGAAGAUUAAAUAAACCAAAAAAUAAAAAGUA